AAGUAAACAAGUUCAUUUUAUUUAUCUUAUCUUUUAAUAAACAAUGGAUUCUCGUAAGAAUAACAAUAAGGGGAAGCCCCAAAAUCAUUCAAAUGUACGUAAUAAAGGCUUAUCGAAAGAUCGUUUGAAAGCUUUACAAGAAAUGUUUGGACCAAUGGGUAUUAGUAAUAAUUUUAUUAAUCAAGUUGCUCAAGCUCAUAACUAUGAUGUAUCGCAAACUGCAAGCUACCUUUUGGCGUACGCUGAUCGAAUGUCUAAAGUUAAAUCCCAGCCAAUAAAUUCGCCUACUACGAAACAAAAUGUUGGAAACACAUCUUCGACAUCAAAUCAAAUCCCUAAAAAUGUAAAACAAACAUCAAAUUCUUCGGCAUCGACACCGAUUGUUAAUAAAUCAAAACAAAAUAAAAACGCAAGAAAAAACCAAAAUUCUUCGACAUCUUCAACAAAUAUUAAUAAACCAAAACAUUCUACAAAAACACGUUCGAGUUCUGGACCAGGACUCCCUUUACCACCCGCAAAUUUUCAUCCAAUGAAAUCAUUCUCCGAAAUGUUUGCAUCUGGACAAUCAACUCAAUUUACAGAGCGUCGUAGUACGGGAGCCAUUAAAAAGAUCCCACCGAAGAGUCCUGGCGAAUUAGAAUUUGAGCGUAUUGUAAAUCUUAUUAAUACGGGUGUCAAAGUGGUCGUUUUAUUGCGUGGUUUACCUGGCAGCGGUAAAACUCAUUUAGCUCACUUAAUAUUUGAUAAAACUGUGAAAUCUUGCGGCGAAACAAAACCAGAGUAUCAUAUCUUUUCAACGGAUACAUAUUUUGAAUGGUUGGGUGGUCGAAAAGGUUAUCAAUUUGAUCCAACACGUUUAACUGAGGCACAUGAAUGGAAUCGUAAACGAUUUUGUGAGGCAUUAAAUCGUGGUAUUAGUCCGGUUAUUGUGGAUAAUACAAACACUAUGGCUUGGGAAAUGCAUUCAUAUGUUAUUGAAGGAAUGAAAUUGGGCUACGUUAUUGAGGUUCUCGAACCGUUCACACCGUGGGCAUUUAAAAACAAUGAAUUAGCUAGACGAAAUAUCCAUAACGUACCACAAGCAAAAAUCACAGCGAUGAAUGAACGUUAUGAACAUGCGCGUUUAAAUGGCGCACGUCUUAUAGGCGUUUUCAAUUUACAAUAUGAAGACAAUAAUAAACCCCCACAAUUACGACUAUUUCCAAAAACUGAUGAAGAUAGUACUACUGCCAGUGAUAGUAGCUCAGAAGAUUCGAGUGGCGAAGAAAAUGACGAUAAAAGUGAAGACUUAUUCAUAAAAUACAGAUAUUUAUGUAAUAUUUUCCCAAAAUUAAAAAUUCAUUACUUAAAAGAAAUCAUUAAAAAUGGAUCAUUAGAUCCAUUAUGGGAUUUUCUAAAAUCAUUGAAUCUUCAAUAUGAAAGUGGAGAUAUGAAAUGUUUAUUAGACGUCGAAACGGAUCAAUCUGAAAAACAAUCGGAUGAAAAUACUUCAAAACAUCGUUAUUCACGUGAAGAAUUAUUAAAUAUACUUCCAUCAGAUUUACGAGUGAAACUUCAACACAUUUUAGAUGGAAUCAAAGGACAACGUUCGCGUCGAAGACGUCGUACCGAAUCAAAUACAACCGAAACAUCAUCUAGAAACGAUGAAGAAGAUAAUGUGGAAGAAAAUGAUGAUAGUGAAUUAAUUGAUUGGACCAGUGAAUGGAAUAUUGAUGAAAAUAUUACAAAAGUUGAUGAUGAUGAAACAAACCUUAUCAGCGCAUAUUCAUUACUUGAUCUUGACGAUCAAUUUAUCAAUAAUUUACCGGUGACUGAAAUACAAAAAAUUAGUGAUAACGAUAAAAAUCAAUUAGUUGAAAUCGAAGAUAAUAAUAGUUCGGAUAAAACAUUCUCGUUACCAACAUUUAAAAACUUUUUUAAUUUCUUGACGCCUAAACCAAUCGUACCGUCUCAACAAACCUCGUCUAUUACAACACUUGAAGAACUUCUUCAGAGUCCAACCGUAACAAAUGCUUCCACCAUGACUAACAUGAAUACGUUUAUAAUUACAAAUGGUAGUAUAAAAUUAAACGAUCCAGAUUGUUAUAUUUUAGAAACACAUAGUCGUGAUAUAUCAGCAGGAUGUCCAAAUGUGACCGUAGAAAAACCACCACCGAAAAUAUUAAAAUUAGAUAAAAGUUCUAUGACACACGAAGAUAAUUUCCUAGAAGAAACACGCUCACAAGAUGAUGUUAAUAAGAAUUUAAUCGAAUUAGUUGCAAUGUUUCCAAAAAUUCGUAAAAAUUUUAUACGGGAUAUUUAUGAUAAAUGUCACGGUGAUUUUUAUUGGGCAGUUGAAUUACUUUUGGAUACACCUGUUGAUGAGGAUACAAAAAUUGAAGAUUCAUCUUCGUCGGAAGACGAGGAAAUUGAAGAGUCCCCUGAAAUUGAAGAGGAAAAAUGUUCAGUAAUUGAACAUGAUAAAGUAACUUUUUCAAAUAAAAAAAUUCAUCCGGACGAUGUUAUCAGAGUAAAAAAACAAGUCGAAGAACAAUUUGUAAUCGAUGAUUCUCAUUAUUCAGAGCAUUGUUUAAAAAUACGACGUUUCCGACAUGGAGAAUUACCGCCAGCUGGAGAUGACGCCGUUGCUAAGCAACGAAGUAUUUCAGAGACUUCAGUGAACGAGAGUGAUGAUGAAACCGAUUCAAAUGAAACGGAAGAUAGUAUGGAAGACGAUGAAUGUUUAGAAAUGACAUUAGGUUUUGAAUUUGUUAAUCGUUUAGAUUCAGUAUUUGGUAAAGAGAAUCCCAGUUAUCCAGAAGGUUUACAACCAGUAAUUCAAGUCCCUAAAGCAAUUGCACAACAAUUACAUUUACUUUGGCUAGAAUCGUAUUAUCAACAGGUAUGUGCACAUGAAGAACGUUGGGAACAAAUGUUAAAAGAAGAUGAAGAAUUCGCUCGAAAGUUACAAGAACAAGAAACCGAAUUAUCAGCGAGUGGUAGUCAACCGCAAGUACCAUCGAUACAAGAAAUUUUAAAUAUGGAAAUUGAUUUGGAAAUUGCAAAACGUGGUAGCGAAACAAAUGAAAGUUACGAGGAUUUAGCGUCACGAUUAACAAAACAAAAAUUGUAUGAAAUGUUCUCAGGGAUCCCACAGGAAACGGUUAAUGAUAUUUUAGAUAAUUUUAAUAAUAAAUAUGCUGAAACAGUGAAUUAUUUAAUUGGUAUUAUGGGUGAUUCAAGUAGUAGUGGCGGAAAUCAUGAAGGAAUUGGAAGUAUGUUUAAUGAGGAAAAUUUAUCAAAUCAAGAGAAACAACUUAUUGAACAAGCGAAAUUAGCUAGUUUGCAGAUUGUCGAUACCGAACAUCGACCAAUGAUUGUAGUACGUGAAUCAGCGCCAACAUCAUCUUCUCGACAACAAUCACCAUCUCAACAGACACAAAAUAAAUAUGGUGAUGCCGAAUACUAUCGUGAAAUUGGUCAACAAGAAUUACGUUUACGUAAUGAAUGCUUAGAGAAAGCUCGUAACAUGUAUUUACGUGGUUUAACAUCCGCCGCAUUAUAUUAUUCAGAGCUGGCACAAGUACAUAAAAAUAAAUAUGAACAAGCGAAUCAAUCCGCUGCAAUAUAUUUUGUAAAUUCACAUUCACAACAACAUAACAAUAAUAAUACGUUGUUGGAUUUACAUUAUUUGUAUGUGAGCGAAGCAUUACAAGUAUUAGAUUUAUUUAUUGAUAAUCAUAUAUCACAAUUACAAAAUACCAAUAAAAAAUGUAUUACAUUGAAUUUGAUAACGGGACGUGGUGCACGUAGUGCUGGAGGAAGGGCACGUGUUAAACCAGCUGUUUUACGACGAUUAAAACAACGACAUUUAAAAUAUCAUUUCAUCAAUCCUGGAUUAUUGAAGUUUAAACUACGUCAUUAUGAUGUAAUGACAAAUUCUCUUAAAUAAAACGGGCAAUCAACGGGUUUACCCCAAAACCUCACCCCAAGCCCCGUGCACACGGGCUUGAGUAUUUCUAUACUUGUUAGAAACUAUAUUCAGUUCUUUGUUUAUGUUUGAAAAUAUCUUAAAUAUAUUUCAUUCCAUUUAUAAGAUAUUAAAUGAAUUCGACGAGUACUCGAUUUUUAUUUUAUAAAUGGAACACUUCGAAAUUUCUGAACGUUUGUUCGAUUCACAAUAAAAAAUGCACCAUUUAUUUUUUUUUUUACAUUAUGUUUUGAAAUUUUACAAAACAAGCCAUACUUAGUAAUACACUCUACGAAAGUAAAAACGCGACAUUUGAUUUAAUUUGAGCCGCGCGUCAGGAGUAUUAAGCCAUUUUUCCAUUUAAAUAUCGGCUUAAAAACACAUCACUUUAGAACCUAAGGAUUUUAUCAAUAUUUGUCACUUUUUACUAAUUAAAAUUAUGUUAGAUUCGCCUAAAAUUAUUGGGUAAAAGAAAACGGAGAACUUAACCAUGAUGACUGUUAUCUUAAUUUAAAACAAGAUAAUUAUCUUCGAAUUCCAUCUCGAUCGUUGCGUUAAAAUAUUGGUUUUAAUCGUUAUUUUAAUUAGUUCAGUAUUAUCCGUUUUAUUACUUUUAAAGUUCAAUACAGUAUCAGAAAAUAUUUUUGUUUUCUGGAUCUUUUGAAUGACCAAGUAACGAGAUGGGCGUACAAGAUGUAACAUCACAAUAUACUUUGGAUUGCAUCGAGAAAUGUGCAGGUAAACCUUUUUGGUACCGUAAAACGUAAUCCAAAAAGGGCUUCUUAAAAAGUCCUAUUGACUGCAUGUUUCAUGAUGCAACCCUCCCGGAAAACCCUACUUUUUUUAUUUUCCAAUGCUGAUUUGUAAGUUUAUAUGUUUUUUUGUUUAGAUUUUAAGUUUGAAAUUUUUUCGUAAGUUCAAAUAUGAUCUCCGGAUAAAAGAAAUUAAGUACCGGAAACUCUCGGAUUUCCACAUUUUAUUUUAAAACAUGACCUUUUUUUAGUAUAGGGAAUUAAGGAAUUGUUAACGAUUCGGAUUCUUGACUAUCUAGUGUCCAGUCUCUGAUGACCUAUUGUCUGUCCUAGCUGUAGGCUACCUAAGGCACGAGGUCCUCCUGGAAAAGAGCUAGAUAUUUGAAUUUUUGACGUUUAUUUGCAAGUGAGAAAUAAUUAUAUUUUUGUAUAGAUUUUAAGAUUGAAAUAUUGUUAAUUAUGUUAUAAGUUAAUGUUUAAUUUGAUAAAUACCGGAAAUUCCGGUUCUCCACACUCUAUUUUGAAACUAUACAUGACCAAUUUAUUUGUGUUAUGGGGGGAAUUAGGGAUUUGUUGAUAUAGAAUACAGUAAUAGUCAUUUAAUUGCCAUAAAAUUUUGUUUUGUGAAAAUGAAGGUGCAUUUUAGAUUUUAAGAUUUAUUUAGUUACCAAAUAUCAGAUAUCAGAUAGAUAUGACGUACAAUUAAUUAAUUGAUAGAUUUAUCGAAAUAAGACUUAUCGUAUAAUUUUUUUUUAGAAACGGCUUUAAAAAAUCUGUUAACGGUUGUUGCAAUUAGUUGAGAGUAUUAUGAAAUUAAAAAGGGGUAAAACAUUCAUUUGAAUCUUCCUUUACUACAAAAUAAUCGUUUGAAAUUUGGGCAAUUUUCAAAUUUUUGUACUGUUACCACCAGAGGUGGAUUUAUGCUUAGGCUCGUGAGCAGAGCGUUAGUAACUCGAGCGUAUCAGAUUAACAUAUGAGGGAUUCAUUGAACCUUCCUUAGUAUCUCCAUCAAAUAUUAGCCCUAAAUAAGGGGGGGGGGUAGAUGAAUUAACUCGAGCGGGUCAGAUAUGGCGGGUUAAUUACAUGCAAAAAAAUGUACAUUUUAAUAAUCUGAAAAAAUUUUGAUUGCGCUCGAGUUACUACGGGUAACGAAACUUUCCAAGCCUCGCAUUUCCUUGCUUCACGCUUAAAACGUCAGAUUAUUGAAAUGUACAUUUUUUUUUAGCAUGUAAUUAAUCCAUCACAUCUUAAUCUGACGCGCUCGAGUUAAUUCAUCUAUUGCAAUUUCUUUUUUUACAUAUCUGAUCGUCUGUACGCUUACACGCAUCCCCCUAUAUUUAGGGCUAAUAUUUGGAGGAGGUACUAAGGAAGGUCCAAGGAACCUCCCAUAUGUUAAUCUGACGCGCUCGAGUUACUACAUAAAUCCCCUCUUAGGCUCUCCUAUUAUAAAAAGUGUAGGUUAUUUGUACGAAUAAGGAUAUUUUAGUCCUCGGGACAACAUCCUUUUUGUUAAAUGAAGUGACUUCUAUAAGUGGCUUCUAUGCAACUUAAGUGCUAACAAUAUUUUAUUAAUUGAUAAGCCAUGUGUCUUUUAUUUGUGAUAAGCGAUAUUGUCAUCCACACACGCUUUGUGGAAUGGAAAUAUUUGUUUCAAAUAAAGUCGUCACUAAUUCAUGAUCGAUCAAAGCAUAAAAUUUAAGUGUUGUGAAUUUAAUAUUU